UAGAACAUCCGGUUAGAUCUGUCAAAAAGGCCGCAAUUUCCAGCACGUCAGCAUUUAAUCCUGAUAAGUGUAUCUGCCUAUGAGCUAUCUUGACAGCGUGGUUUCAGGCUUUGGGAAAUUGUCAUUGUUUACCAGUUCCAUUGACCAAACAGUGUAUAACAGGUAUAAGUAUGAGGUGUGAGAGACUUAUCCUGCUGUCGGCAUUCUGUGGAGUUCUUUCUGUCAGAGUAGCUGCUAAGCAGAGCUACUAUGAUAUCCUUGGUGUUAAAAAAGAUGCUACAAACAAACAGAUAAAGAAGGCAUUCAGACAGCUGGCUCUAAAAUACCAUCCUGACAAGAACAAGAAGGAUGAAAAAGCCCAGGAGAAGUUUGUUGAGAUAGCAAAAGCGUAUGAAGUUCUCUCUGAUAAGGAGAAACGGAAGCAGUACGAUCUACACGGAGAAAACUUUGACAGUAAUGGUGGUGGAUCCAAUGGUUUUGACUUCAACUUUGAUGACUUCUUCAAAGGAUUUGACAAUUUUUUUGAUCAUAAGCACAGUGACCAUGCUGGUGAUAACAGUGGAUUUAAGUUUUCAUUCAAUCAGGGGUUUAACUUUGAUGAUCUAUUCAGUGACGACGACUUUGAAAGUGAUGGUAAUGGAUUUGACUUUGAUCCCUUUGGAGAUUUUGGAUUUGGGGGACUUGAUAAUGGAUUUUUUGGAGACAGUUUAAAUAUGUUUGAUCACUUUGAUGAUGUUCAUCACCAUCACAACAUCCAUCAUUCUCAACAAGCUCACCAUGCAAAAGCCCAUGCUCAGCACAUGAAGACAGCCAGCAAACACAGGACCUCCACUCAAGGUGGCCGAACGUGUCGAACUGUUACACAACGGAUAGGAAACAUGGUGACUACCCACACAGAAUGCUCCUAACAUAUGUGCAUGACUGAUAGUGACAGCAGCUAACCUCAGAUGACUGUGAUUCAGAAUCAAUUGUUGCUUUCAUCAGUGAGAGUCCCAGCAAGGUGCCUGGAGCCUGUUCAAACAGUUAUUCUGGUGUGUCCAAGCAACGUUGUAGCCAAAUCAAAAAGAAUAUGUAUUUUUUGUGCUAUAUAAAGGCUUGCAAACCAGAUGGGAGUUCUCAAGUAGCCGGUAGAGUAGUGACAAUUUAUGCAACAUUUCAACUUGUAAUCAAAAGUUACAAUGUAAAUAGUUUAUUAUCCAGUUGUGUUUCAAUGUGCAUGAAAGGAGUAAAUGUAGUUGUUUAAUGUUUUACAUUAUUUUUUAAAUGCUGCUACAAGUUUAUGGGUUUUAUGUAUCCAGUUUGUAAUGAUCGAGCCUAUAUAUUGUAACAUGGGGAAUUAUAGGCGAGAUGUCUACCUUUGGGCAAGGGGGCACUUGAGUCUAGUGGUAGAAGCAUGGCCUGAAAAUCCAGGUAUCUCUGGCUCAAAUCCCAUUAGCACAACAAGUUGGGUAACCCAUCACUAGCAGGAUCUCUGUAAUGGGGAACUCGUAAAACUACUUCCUGUCUGUAUCAGUAUGAUCCAAAGCUGUGAACUCAUUUGUUUUUUUCCUUUAUUACAUCACAAGUUAAUAUUUUCAGUUAAUAUGGUCAGGUGUAAAUAUAUGUUAUAGAUUGGGAGCGAGUGUUACCAAAGUUUGCUGUCUGGUUUUAAAUAAUGAUGUGUGUUAAUGUACAAGGAAGUAUUUAAAUGUGCUAAGGUUUUUUUUGUAAUAUAUGUGUUGGAUGUCUGUGUGAUAUGUGUGUACUUUGAUUACAUGACCAAAGGUUUGGCCCUGAUCACAGUGACUCAUUUAUGAUGUUCUGUUCACCAUAUAAAAGAAGAGAUCUUAUAUACUAGUAUAUCAUUCCAAGACUUUAUCAUGGACAUAAUGCUGCCUUAGAUGGAUUGACAGUUAAUUUUCGAGCUUAAGUGAAUAAGUCCUGAUAUUAUUUGGCUCAAGACACAUCAUAAUGCAGUGAAAAUUUAAGGCAAGUUAUUGCAGCCUGUUAGUGAUUGAAAAUGCCUAUAGUAGCUAUACAUUUUUCAGCUAUCAAAAUUUUGUAUGUUUUUGACUGAAAGUAAACUUCCUUUAUACCAUAUACUUGCUUGGUAAUUGAGACAUGAGGAUUUCAUAACAACAGAAAGUUGUCAGUCAAGACAGGAAAGCUCUCACAUUCUAACACAUAAGACUGUACAGGCUUAAUCCAGACUCAUUGUAGGUAAAAUUAUUGCUUCAGUGUCUUAAAUGUCCCUCUGUUCCAUAUUUUGCACCAGACCUGAAGCCUGUCAUAGAACAUUAAUAAAUGCAUUAGAAUUAGGCUUAAAUAAUGAUAAACUGUUGUCAAAAUAGCAAAGCUUGUGGUGCUUCCAGGAUGUAUAUAAUGAAUUGAUGGAGUUGUGUGUAUGUGUUUAGCUACUAAUAUAAUGAUUGUACAUAUCUGUUUGCCUAUUUAAAAUAUCUUUUGUCAACAAGUGUGAUUACUGGUUUAAUUUAUUGUUAGUGCUGACGUAAUAUGACUGAUUGAGCCCAUGUCAAAAACCUGUUUAUUACUGGAAAACUUUAAACUGCUAUGUUACUGGGACCUAAAAUGCAGUUAAAACAACCAUUUUGAACAGUUAGAUGUUUUUGUUCUGCUAGUGAUGUUUUAUUGAAACAAUAUCUCUUUCUCAUCCUUAAGUGUCAUUUUCAGUUGCCAUUCUUAUAAACAAUGGGUUGAUUGUGAUAGUAUUUCUCACCAUAUUAGAAAGAAAAUGGAAUUUUCCUACAAUUAAAUGUUUCCUAUGCAAACAUAACAACAUCAUUCAGGUUGAAAUUGACUUUCCAGAAUUUGAUAUCCCUAUGGAAAAAAAACAGAUGGUGGAAUCCUGUUUGUAAUAUUUUUGCUUGUGUAUUUUGUGUAUUGCAAGCACAAAAAUGAAUUUAGGAUAUCUUUUGUAAGAGUUGAAGAGUAGCCUACCGGUGCGUCAUGUAGAUUAAAGGUUGCAAGAGAAGUUCUGUUUAGUCACAGUAGAAGUGUGUCAGAUCUUGACUGAAAAAGUGUCUGCAUGUGUGAUACAGGAGCAUAUAGCAGUGUACAAAUGUGAAUAUGUCAUGCUGUUAUAAUUCCUGGUGGAAUGAAAAUAUACAUUUCACGAUUUCUAUUAAUAAAGUGUUUGUCCAUACACUUG